GAUCCUUUUCGAUCGCUCGCUCGGUUUUCAAGAGAAAACGCACGGGGCACCCUCGUCGUCGACGUCGCGUACCGGGGCUCGUGGUGGCUCUCCCGUUGCUGGUUUUCUCACUUUUUUCCCCCCCCCCCGCCCGAGGCUUAAAAAACUGCGCGCGCCGUGUGCAAUAUCAUCGUUGUUACAUUGUUGUUACGCCGUUUAAGUUGUUGUUUUUAUUGUUAUUGUUGUUGUUGUUGUUGUUGUUGUUGUUCUGUUGAGUUGCGUUAUUACAUUGGUGUUUGUAGGCACUUGGGCCGUGUGUCGACGAGCCGCGGAUGUGGCCACCGGCGCGCACUUGUGUUACCGAUCUCCCGUGUCGUUAUCGGUAAGGAAUUGAUGGUUCGCGUUGAUACCGAUCUCGCCGAUUUCCACUACCGAGUCCUGCUCGAGCUUCGCCACACUUGCCACGCUAAAAAGCGGAGUUGGUAACCAACUCGUCACUCAGUGUGACACUCUGUCAUUCGCACCCGCAUUUUGAUCUGCGUCAACAGCCAUACCAAAAGUGUACAGCGUUGAGAAACAUUGAAAGUAUAGUAUCCAGCGCAAGCGGGCGCGAUAACCAGGAAACAGAGAAGAUUACUACAAUACGUAGACACGUAUGCUAAUGUAUACGAAGCAAUGUGCGAUGAUAAGCCGAGCAACCGGGCAGUUGUUGAGUAAGCACGUGUCUCGUCAAGCAGACUAGGUAUGCGAGUCCUGCAGGCACACCACUGAGAGGACAAUCAACGCCAGGACAAGUGGAAUUCGAGACGAUGAUGACGAGGAUGAUGAGGCACGAGUCGUGUACCACGGCUACCUGGCGAGUCGCCGGCGGCGUCCCUCUCUACUGACGCAUAGCAGGAUCGGUAGUUUGCCGUCCCCGACGGACACCGCGGCCACUCUCCCGUGCCUCUCGUGCGUCGGCCGAGCACAUCCUCCUCGAGUUCGUACACCAGUUACGAUUGCGCGUCGACGCGAGUGCUUUUUUUGUUGUUGAAAUAAAUCAGUGACGUUCGAAACGGAGACGCGUCGCGGCGUCUCUUAUCGCGAAGGUGCUACGCAAUAUUCGUACCGAUAUACAAGUAUAAUACUAUUGAGCCGUGCGAAGUAGCUCAAUAGAGGGUGUUGUUGUUUCGCGAAGUGACCGGGAGUUGGGCGUUACAGGGGCCGGAAGAGCGCCCAGUUGUCAUCUUAACCCGGUGAAAAUACAGCCGCUACGGUGGCUCAACACGCAGAGUUCCCCGGCACGGCCAGGGGGUUCAUGGCUCAGCCCAGGGGGUACGACGAUGGGCUGCACGGGGGCUACGGAAUCGAGGGCGGCGGUGGUGCCGGCCUCUACGACCCACACGGCGCCCGCAGCGUGCCGGGUCUCCACCACAGUCCGCACAUCGGUACCAUGGGCCCAAGCCAUCCGCAGUACCCGCCACAGCCGCCCCAGGUGCUCGCACCGGUCGGGGCUUCGGUGGUCGUGCCCGAGGCCCAUCUCAAACGCGACAAGGACGCUAUUUACGGACACCCCCUGUUCCCGCUGCUCGCGCUGAUAUUCGAAAAGUGCGAGCUGGCGACGUGCACGCCGCGCGAGCCCGGCGUCGCGGGUGGCGAUGUGUGCUCGUCCGAAAGCUUUAACGAGGACAUCGCCGUCUUCUCCAAACAGAUCAGACAAGAGAAGCCCUUCUACAUCGCCGACCCGGAGGUGGAUUCGCUGAUGGUUCAAGCGAUCCAAGUACUCCGGUUUCACCUCCUCGAGCUUGAAAAGGUGCACGAGCUCUGCGACAACUUCUGCCACCGAUACAUAAGCUGUCUAAAGGGCAAAAUGCCGAUAGACCUGGUGAUCGACGACAGAGAGAGUACGAAGCCACCCGAGUUGGGUAACGGCCUGGACGGCGGACCACGUAGCACCGCAGACAGCACCAGCCACACCGACGGGGCCAGCACGCCGGACGUCGUGAGUACCUCACCCACUUCCUCGUCUUAUUAUCCGCACGAAGCGAUUACCCCCCACCAUCACCACAGUCACCAUAGCCACCAUAGCCAUGCCGCAGCCAGCCAAGCGAGUCCCCUGCAAUUGCAGGCACAACACCAGGACAGCCAUCACCACCACCAUCACCACCACCACCAUCAGCAGCAGCAACAGCAACAACAGACAUCGUCUGUCUUAGCACACCCAGUUACCCCCACUACCCCUCAUUCGCCACAGCAAAACGGCCCAAGCCUGGCUCAUAGCAAUAAUAUCAACAACAAUAAUAAUAAUAAUAAUAAUAGCAGCAACAACAAUAACAACAACAAUAAUAAUAAUAAUCAUAGCAACAACAAUAACACCACCACCACCGUUGUUACGUCCCCGAGUAGCGCCGCCACAACUCCCAACUCCCUAAAGCGUUCGCACCAACAGAUGAUGAUGGCAGCCGCGAUGGCGAGCACGCCGCACGCGGUCGCCGCGUCCGCGCCACCUGCGCACGCGCACGCCGCCCUCGCCGCCUAUCACUCGGCCAUCUAUCCGUGUUCGUAAUCGCCGCUGCCGCUCGCAUUUCGCGCUUUUCAUUCGUCGUUUCGCGCAACGUGACUUUGCUCAUGAAUUAUCUAUUAUCCGUUGCUCUUUUACUUUGUUCAUUGCUCGAGCUCACGUCUGCAGAGGAUCGGCUUUUGCACCGUUGCUCGUCCACUUCGAUAUUUUUGUUAUACUCUCGUUUCGAAUUAUUUUUUUAGGGGGGGGGAUGAUAGACUUGGGCGCGCAGACACGCGGGACGGAUGCAUCCUAGUCUCUUGUAUACUUAUUUCCUCAUCUACACUGUCUCUGUUGGUUUGUAUACUUGUCUUGGUUAUCUCGAUUGCGAUGGUGUUCAAAUUGUUUGUUUGUCUCUUUUAUCGGAGGCCUGAUCGUUGUCUCGUUUUUCGAAGCCUCGAUUAACAAUGUAUUAUCUCAGAUACGGUUAAGAACAUUCAAAUCUGCUACUGUAUACCACAGUAUGGAGCCAUGGAAACUUAACAUCAUUGUUAUAUUGUUGUUUUAGAGACUUGAAUUUUCUUAGUUAGAAAACUUUCUUUUUAAUACAACUCUUUAUCAUCUUUGUUCUGCGUCAUCUUACAUGUGAUCGCUACUACCGCGUGGAGGUAAUUAAAAUGUACAUAUUUUUAUUUAAUCAAAGUAUUCUUUCGAUGACUCGAAUAUAAUAUAUACACUCUCGCUCGUGAAUUUCGAUGAUAAUGUUCCUGUAUCAAGUACUUAUCAAUGUUGCACUGUUACCUUGUCACCUCUAGACUUACACUUCUCUGUUGAUUUUUCAAUUUUUUUUUUUUUUUUUUUUUUCUGUAAUCCUGUUUCAGUAUGUGUUCACUGCUUUCAUGUGCUGUACUAUACUAUUUUCUUUUUCAUCUUCGUAUGCUAAUUUGUACAGUUGUAUCCGAUUGUUGACUAUUGUUUCAUUGCUCCUCUGUAUCCCCGCAAGUCUGCACGCUUUGUUCUCUCAAUAGACGAUCCUUCUUCGUGUUCACUGGAACGCGCAUGCGAGUGGUUCCCGAUGCUUUUUUUUUCAUUAAUAAAUUUCGAUAAAUAUGAAAAUGCUGAAAAAAACUGUACCACGAGAUCUUCUCACUUGAGAGUGAAGGAGGUGAAAACGAAAAAGAGAACGUCUAUCGGAAUCGGAGAUUUCACUCGAAUUUCUUCAAAGAGCAGGUCCAUUAUUUUCUCGCCAAUUACAAAAAUUUAGGCUAUUGUCGGUCGAGAGCAAAGACGCGGUAAUAGCGCAGCAAGCAAACGUGAUAUACGUAAAAUAGAGUAUACGUCGGAUCUCAACGUUCCUCGUGAUUGUAUCCUCAUUUACAUUAUCGGACGCAAUUGUGACGCAAACCCCGAGAGCGGACAGUAAUCGACGUACUCGUGUCACGGUUUACGGUCAUACUUUACUUUCAUUAACAAGACACUGUACUCGGAAAAGUUGAGUGAUGCCGUUGAAUCGCUUCGUGCGUGCGCGCGUGUCUCUUUCACUCGGGAUGAAAAAAACAAAAGAAAACGUCGAACGAAAAGUAAUAAUAAUAAUGAUAAUUCGUCGUCGUCGAAUCUUUAUAGUGAUCAAUGAUAUACGUAAUUAAUUCAUAAGUAUAAUGUCACAAAGUAAACUUGUGUCUAUUUUUAAAAGAAAAUAUAUAUAUAUAUUAUGUAUACGGGAUGAGAAUAAGCAUCAGAACGCGUAUUGCGGCUUUUUCCGGCGCGAUCGAGAAACACUCAUGUGUAUGAGAUUUUUAAGCUCUGAUGGUUUUUAAAUUGUUAGUGAUUAGGUUACCAUAACAAUGAACAAAAAAAAAAUAAAAAAAUAAAAAAAAAAAAAGAGAGAGAAUCAAGAAAAUAAUAGGUGCUUGAGAAUUAUAUACGUAACUUGACGAGUUUUCCAUUGAAUAUGAAAAAGUAUAUUAAGCGUCUGCGUCACGUGGCUGUCAUCCUCAUCAGUGCCGUCGUCGUCGCGUUUUUUGAAUAAUAAUAAUUUAAAAAAAUACUAAUGGUUAGUUCGAUACAUCGUCGUGCGCUAGGUCGAGAGAAACGCGAGAGAAAGGAAAGUUAAGGGAAUUGUGUGCGGUCUGCCGUAAUCGUAAAAACGCUUGUAUUCUUCAUUAAACACACGCUAGACAACACGAAUUUUUUCAUUCUCGAAUGAGAGAAAUUUUUUUUUUUUUUUUUUUAGCGAAAGAAAGAGAGAAAGAGAGAGGAAUAAAAAGUAACGUGCUGACAUGCGCACUAUUAUCAUGUACUCGGUAUCGGGAUGAUUAUUAUCAAUUUGCGUUUAUUAAUUGAGAGAAAUGACUAACAUGUAUAAGAGAGAGAGGAAACUGCCAAAUUAAAUAAGCAAAUGACAAUUUAUCAAUGUUUUCUUUUGUUAAAUUCUAAAAAACAGUUUUGUUCAGCGCAAAACUUGAUAAUCCUUCGUGUUAAAAACACUAGGUCACGGUACUCGUAACUAGGGAGUUGUGUGAGGUACAAAGUCCUGGCCGGCAGGGCGCGCGAGAUCCACCCCCCAAGCCCCGUACUUACCCCAUUUAUGUCUUACCAAAAAAAAAAAAAAAAAAAAAAAAA